UUGGUUUCCUCAUGCAUCAGGCAGGGAUGAUCCCUCUCUUCCACUCGAGACUGGGGCCUGUGAGUGCAGGGUCUGUUGGUGUCACCGUCCCUCUAACAGACAGGGCACCGGAGGGCGGAGGGGCUGUGCAGGGACCGGGGUCUCCUGACUCCUGACGACAAGCCCCUGUCCACCGCACUGUUCCCUUUAGUGGGUCACACCACCCCAACUCCAGGCCUCCGUUUCCACAUCUUCGGAUCGGGGGCUGGGCUCCUUGCCCUGUGUACCCCGUGUGGUGCUGGGAGUCUGAGAUGAGGUGGUGGAGGGCAGGCACUGAAGGAGGUCUUCUUAGAGGGACAGCAGGCCUGCAGCAGGAUGAGAAGAGCCCCCUGGAGCCCCAGGCAGGGGCCUUGGCGCAGAGUGGCUUGCAGGGACUUCCUGGAACUAGCAGAGACACACAGCCGGAAAUGGCAGCGUGCCCUGCAGUAUGAGCACGAGCAGCGCAUCCACCUGGAGGAGACCAUCGAGCAGCUAGCCAAGCAGCACAACAGCCUCGAGCGGGCCUUCCGCAGUGCCCCGGGACGGCCUACCAACCCCUCCAAGAGCUUCAGUGAGGGAAGCCUCUUGACUCCCAGAGGAGAGGACAGUGAGGAAGAUGAAGAUACCGAGUACUUUGAUGCCAUGGAAGACUCCACAUCCUUCAUCACCGUGAUUACCCAGUCCAAGGAGGACAAAAAAGCUGAGGGUGGGACAGGGGCAGUCUCUGUGGACGACUGGACCGUGGCAGACAAUGUGCCGGAUGGCACGUCACCCGGGCCCAAGGGCCCACCCCGAGUCAGGAGGAGAUCGCGCAUCCCCGACAAGCCCAACUACAGCCUUAACCUCUGGAGCAUCAUGAAGAACUGCGUUGGCCGGGAGCUCUCUAAGAUCCCCAUGCCGGUUAACUUUAACGAGCCCCUAUCCAUGCUCCAGCGGCUGACGGAGGACCUGGAGUACCACCACCUGCUGGACAAGGCGGUCAACUGCACCAACCCAGUGGAGCAGAUGUGCCUGGUGGCCGCCUUCUCUGUGUCCUCCUACUCCACCACCGUGCACCGCAUCGCCAAGCCGUUCAAUCCCAUGUUGGGUGAGACCUUUGAGCUGGACCGCCUUGAUGACAUGGGACUGCGCUCCAUCUGUGAGCAGGUGAGCCACCACCCGCCCUCAGCUGCGCACUACGUCUUCUCCAAGCAUGGCUGGAGCCUCUGGCAGGAGAUCACCAUCUCCAGCAAGUUUCGGGGGAAAUACCUCUCCAUCAUGCCCUUAGGUGCCAUCCACUUAGAAUUCCAGGCCAGUGGGAAUCACUACGUGUGGAGGAAGAGCACCUCCACGGUGCACAACAUCAUCGUGGGCAAGCUCUGGAUUGACCAGACUGGGGACAUUGAGAUUGUGAACCAUAAGACCAAGGACCGGUGCCAGCUAAAGUUCCUGCCCUACAGCUACUUCUCCAAAGAGGCAGCCCGGAAGGUGACAGGAGUGGUGAGUGACAGCCAGGGCAAGGCCCACUACGUGCUGUCUGGCUCAUGGGACGAGCAAAUGGAGUGCGCCAAGGUCGUGCACAGCAGCCCCAGCAGCCCCAGCUCGGACGGGAAGCAAAAGACGGUAUACCAGACGCUGCCAGCCAAGCUGCUGUGGAAGAAAUACCCACUGCCGGAGAACGCGGAGAACAUGUACUACUUCUCCGAGCUGGCGCUGACGCUGAACGAGCACGAGGAGGGCGUGGCGCCCACCGACAGCCGCCUGCGGCCAGACCAGCGGCUCAUGGAGAAGGGGCGCUGGGACGAGGCCAACACCGAGAAGCAGCGGCUGGAGGAGAAGCAGCGCCUGACGCGGCGCCGGCGGCUGGAGGCCAGCGCUCGGGGCGGUGGCUUCGGCGCCGAGGAGGAGAAGGAGGCUGAUGUGUACACGCCACUGUGGUUCGAGAAGAGGCUGGACCCGUUGACCGGGGAGACGGCCUGUAUGUACAAGGGCGGCUACUGGGAGGCCAAAGAGAGGCAAGACUGGCACAUGUGCCCCAACAUCUUCUGAGCGCCACCUCUCUCGGAAAUACAGGCGCCUGCACAGCGCGGCCCACCUUUCUUUAAUGCUCUCAGUUUAGUCCGAAAGGUCCUCCUCUCCCCCUCCUCCCCCUUAAAAAAAAAAAAAAACUUUUCUGGGGCUACCACCUUUGAAGGAGGAAGUGCUGACCCAGGUUCUCUCCAGCCCCAGGUGCGCCGGGUCACCCCACGCCCCUCUCCUCAUGGACUGGGGGCCCCAUGAGGAUCCUAGCUCCCCAGUUACCACAACUCAGGCCGGGCGCGGGCGUGGACAGCCCCCGUCACCAGCCCAGCCCUGGGAGGACUACUCUGUUUCUCCUAGGGAGCCUCUCUCGACUUUUUUUUUAAAAAAGAUCUCCAUUUCUUUCCAGCCAUGACAUUUAGUACAUAUUUUUAGUACAGCACUUAGCAGAAACUUACCUAGUGUGCUUUCUUGCCACAGAAGUGUGCUGGCAAGAGCCCCUCUUUUUAAGAGAUCAGGAAGCCAGACCCCUCUGAGUUGGGAAAUUUUGUAGCUCAACACAGCAAGGCCCCGUUUGUAUCUGAGCUGCCCACCCCCCAGGAGCCCAGGGCCCCACAGAACUGAACAGAAAGGGGGGCCUGGCUUAGGAAAGCACAGGAGUCCCUGGAGCUACAGCCCCUACCCACUUACCUGGGGGACACCAAGGGGGCAGAGGGGUGGAUUUGAAGACACAGGCCUUGCCUGGCCCCGGCUGUGCUGGGGCUGCUCCCUGGCCCCAGAGGCCGGGAGGGCUGGUAGGCACGGCCUGCAGGUGCUUCCGACCCAGAACCAGGCCCCAAAUCAGCAAUAACGAACAAACUCUCAGCCCGGCCUGGGCUGGUGACCCGGGCACCAGAGACCCAGCUUCCCACCUCCACCUCAGGUGGCUCAGGGGCGUCCAUCUCAGUGCCCCUGGACCCUUUAUUUGCCUAAUUUAUAUAUAAGAUAUAUAAAUAUAUAUAAAAUAGCUAUUUUGCUUAACUUUCUAUGGUAUGUGAAAGUGAAAAAUGAUGAAGACAGGGAUUCUGUCUGAGUUUGGCCCUCCUACCAGCCCUGCUGUCUCCUCAUACCCUCUUCCCAAGGCUUGGACGACCACGGCCACUGUCCCACUCCCUCACCAUCCCCACUCCAAGGCUCUCUACUUCAGUUUUGGUCCUGAAAGUCCAUCACAGGGUUUUUCUUUCUACUCUAGGACUGGGUUGGCUUUUAUAAAAAAAAAAAUGAAAGUGAAAACACCAUGUGCAAUGCCUUAGGGGGCCCACUGGGAGCAAGGAGGCAUACAGCCCCCAGGCCUCCCCUAGGGCCAAGGGCCUGUCAGUACUGUUGAAUGUACCACUUCCAAACACUGUGGGCAAGCACCUUUUGACCGGUAACAAUAAACCUUGGGUUUGGAGUUUUCCAUUGCCUUGCCCUGUCUGUGGUGGAUGGAAUGGCACUGAUGAGUCAAACAGCAGCAGCCCACAAGGAAAUAGGACUUUGGCUGAUUGGGGGAGGGGGACGUAGAAGACCUGGUAGGGGCGAGGGU